GUGCGACCCGCCCCUGCUACGUGCUGAUUGGCAGCAAGCAGCCACGUCAUUUAUAGUCGACCAAUCGGAUCCAACGCGGGCUAUAACAAUAAAAGCCAUGUCCAGUAAAGUAUGUAAUGAAUAACACGGAUAAAGCAUUCAGGAUAUAACAGGUAGUUUCAGUAUAUUUUGCGAAUUAAGACGACGUGACAAAACAAGUAUGGCUUGCUGGCUGUUUAGGAUGCUAUUUUUAAUCUAAUAAAUAUCUGGAGUGUUGCAAAAGUAGGCCACAAUCCAGACAUUAAAAAAAAAAAAAGUCUAAUGAGCCACCUAGAAUGAGGCAAGUCCAGCUACUUAUAUUUAUAUUGCUCAAAGUCACUGAUGACACGUUUGAUUGAAAAGCCUUUAAGAUUUAAAAGAUGCCUUCUAUUCUUAUUCAAAUCUUACAACGCGAUGUGUGCGAAUACCACAGUUUUAUUCAUAGUUGCACAAUUUAUGAUGUAAAUGUAAGGAUUUUAAUGACUUGUGAUGCUGCUAGAGCAAUGUUUGCAUUAUUUGGAGGUCUAUAUUUCCAAUUAUGAUUAGUUGAGGAGCGUAAAAUACAAAUUUAUUCCUUAAAAUAUCUUCCCUUCUUUGCAGACAGACAGUUGUCUCUAUUCGGUAUGUCAACUUGAAGAGAUUAUACUGCUUCAGAAAUAUUGUAGUUAACAGGGUUGAUAAAGCUAAAAUGAAACAUGUUGUUUGUGAGAGAUUACCAAAUUCAAAGCAGUUUGUUCAAGUUGAUUUUACUUCCUGUAGCUCAGUAAGUGGAAAUCAGUGACAACUGUGUAAGUGCACACAGAACUGUGGAAUGAUCCUUUAAUAGAAGGCAUUACAUCACUAGCUGAGACAAGAUGCCCAAUCAGCUCGUUCUCUCAAGUGAGACAAGUGAGUCACCCCUCUGCUUCCAACUGUGGUCCAGCACAAACCCAAUUAGAGGCUCCAUCUUUGAUUUGAGAGACAGAGCUGGAAACAGGAAGGCAGGGAAACAGUCCAUUUCACCCUCCUCGCCACAUACAAUCGUGGAGGGAACCGAAGAUCAAGCUCUGGCUGGGAUGCACAGGCUGAAUCGUGACUGCUGGGUUUGGUCGCCCAGGCCUCCAGGGUGUCUCCAUCCUCAACAUUCGGGGAGCCUUGUUUCGGCCGUGUUAAGCCAGCAGGAGGAUGUGGAGGAAGAGGGAGGAGAACAUCCUGCUGUGUGCUGCUACACUACAAGUUGUGAUGACAUUAUCAGUCAGGCUGCUGAUGCUCACUGCUCCACCUGUGAAACUCCAACCCACUCAGGGAUCCCCGGCAGCUCAGGCCUGACUGUGUGUGAUCCACAUGGUUCUCCAUCACAGCAGCCAGUAACAGUGAUUGAAGCUGAUCAGGGAGAAGUAUCACUGCAUUUUAUUGAUGGUCAUUGUUGGGAAGUCCCAAGGAUGCAAACCCAAGGAUGUGUAUGUGUUUAUGGACACAGGGAACCAGAAGAUUUUGAUCCCUCCUGGCCCGGAUCUCCAUUCAUCUACUAUGGAGGUGUGAGGAGCAACAUGGUGGUAGGAGUGGAGGUGGUGGAAGAAGUUGCUGUAGAAGACACUCUAGAAGUAAUUACAGGGGAUAUAUAUGCAGAUGAUCUACUGGAUCCUGAGAUUCUACAAGAAGACCAGCUGUACCCAACAUGAAAACUGAUUUCUGACUUUCAUCCUGUCCUGACUUUUCACUGCUAACCAAGACCAUUACUCACAUAUUUGUCUUUUUUAAAAAUUUUUAUUUUAUAUAUUUAGCCUCUUUUCUUAAGCCCUGCAAUAGACUGACGACCUAUUGAGGGUGUCCCCUGCCUUCACCCUAAGUCAGCUGGGAUAGGCUGCAGCCCCCAUGCGACCCUAAUAAGGAUUAAGCAGUGUAUAGAUAAUGGAUGGAUGUUGUGUAUUAUGACACAAAAAAACCCUGUCAUUUGUGAUCAAUAAAAAUAAGUUAUGUCUUG